GGCGAGGUGAUAGAUCAUAGUAUUUCUGUAAGGCUUUGCCGUCUCCAAAUGCCAUACAUAGUAUUGUUCUUGCCAAGGUGUCAGGUCUGCUCUGGUCGCUGAGGAUAGAUGAUCUCGGGCAGUACCUUGGUAUCUUGUCACGUGUUGCGCACAGGCCACACACAGAUAUAUAUAUAUAGCUUCUUCCCCGCUCUUAGGGCACCAUCAUUCAUUCACAAACAUACCAAUAUACACCCAUUUCCCCCCCCACAGCUUGUCCAGGCCGUGACAUAUCUUGUCCCACCCGACACCUCCUUGAUUUCCUGCGUCAUAUAUCACAUGCAAAGAAACUGCACAAAUGAUGAACAUCCGUGGAUGGAGGUAACCAAGGUAACCUAUCUUAUGACUCUUGGGCAUCAUGAGUAUCUGCUCUUGAACUAUACAGAGUAACCCCGUUAUUGGCCAUCCUCUUUUCCCUUCCAGUCAUAAAUGGCUCUGGCAGUAGCCACCUCGUUGCCUUUCCUGACGACCAUGGUUCUCAUAAGCCAUCUCUCAUCGUUCAACAUACCAAAUCCCCAUAUCUGUUCCAUGACCCAGCCAUUGGUCUGAUGGACGACAAGAUCAUACAAGUUAUUGUCA